AUGAGCAAAGACUUUUUCGUUUAUCUGUUCCCAUCAUCAUCAUCAUCAUCAUCAUCAUCAUCAUCAUCAUCAUCAUCAUCAUCAUCAUCAUCAUCAUCAUCAUCAUCAUCAUCAUCAUCAUCAUCAUCAUCAUCAUCAUCAUCAUCAUCAUCAUCAUCAUCAUCAUCAUCAUCAUCAUCAUCAUCAUCAUCAUCAUCAUCAUCAUCAUCAUCAUCAUCAUCAUCAUCAUCAUCAUCAUCAUCAUCAUCAUCAUCAUCAUCAUCAUCAUCAUCAUCAAAUAUCAAUAAAAUCGAUCUGUAA